AUGCUGCAGCAAAGCCAAUCGACAACUGGUCAGGAGGAAUCAGCUCUUCGAAUCUUUCCACCAAACACUUCACUCGAAAUGGAAGUAAACUCAGCAAUUAUCAGAUUCUUUAGAGGAAUUCUUAUCAAUGUCAGCAGCAAUACUUCUCUCCUACAAAUCUUUGACAACUGUAUCAUCGUUUUAUUCCCAGGCGCCUUUAUUGUCCUCGACAUUUUGUUGGAGCGUAUGCGCCAUGAGCACGUAGUCGACGUUUUCGCCACCGUCCAGCACCUGCGUGGCCAGCGCAACUUUAUUGUACAGACAGAGGAUCAGUAUGCCUUCAUCUACGAGGCUUUGGUAGAGGCGGCCGCCUCGGGCAACACAGAGGUGCCGGCGCGCCACCUCGCCGAGCACUGGACUCGACUUACCGCACCCUUGCCACCAGGCAUUGCCAACGCGAGAGGGACGAGCCUUGAAGUCGACUGCCCCGUGCCACUGACGGGCCUCGAGCUGGAGUUCAAUCAACUGGCGGCCACGUCUGCUCCGCCCUCGACGCCCGGUCGCCAGACGAGGCCUGUCAUCCGACGCAUGGCAUCGAACCAUGAGAGGUCGAGUGGACGUGGCUCCUCUGGCGACCGGCCGUCCGGCCAAUCGCCUGAAGCCAGGAAGUCAUCCGGCUCCGGCUCUGGCUCCGAAACCUUGGGGAAACAGACUCCAGCGGCCAUGUUGCCGGUGAGUACCAGUACCUUAUCGGCGGUUCAACCGUUGCCACAGUUGCUAGUGGCAGAAUACCCCAACGAAAUUGUAUCCCAGGGCUUGAUACGAAAGUUGUCUGCCCUAACU